GAACGCAAAGCCAGCUCCCAUCCUCGUUGGAAAUUGGUUCCACUUGAGGAACCAGAUGUCUCAAGGAUAUUGAAGGCAGAGGAGGCAAAUCAGCUUGAGGAGCUUGAUGAUUCAUAUGAUCACCCUUUGCACAGUACUGCUCUGGAUGCUUAUGGAGAGGAACAUUCACAAAACGAGUCACUUGGUCGUGUUUCAGCUCCACAAAGGAAAGAUACAGAAAGAAGUAAAAAAACACAUCGCUCAAAAACCUCUGAUGGUGAUGUUCAGAAAUUCAACACAGCUGAUCUUGAAGAUGAACCCCUUAAGGAGAAUGUGAAGGCUCCGAAUACUACUCAGUCACAGGUGAAAAAGAAGCCGCCUUCAGAGGAGAACCCGCCAGAUCCUUCUGUGGAUAGCCCAUCUUCUGUACAGAUGUGGUGUCCCAAAGAGCUAAAGAGAUCUCCUAGAGAUAUUACAUUACUGGAUGUUGUUCUGUCUGAAUUUGAGAAGAGAGCAGCAAAUUACAGACAAAGCAUAGAAUCAAACACUUGUAGAAAAGCUAUCAGUGGCUUCUGUUCUGCUUUCAAAGACCAAAUCACUGAUCUUAUAGUGGAAGUCCAGGAAUUAAAGAAUAUGAAGAAAAAAAAUGCUAAGGUAAUAACAGACAUCAAAAAGAAAAGGCAGCGACUGUUUCAACUCAGAGAAGAGCUAAUUAGAGCUGAACCGAAACUGAUACAACUACAAAGAGAAUAUGCUGAGGUACAGGAAAGGAAAUCUUCCUUGAGGCAGGCAACUGAACUACUUACUGAUUUAAAGGAGCUACAGCAAGACUGUUUGGAUUAUAGAGAAGAAAAUCCAAAAGAAAAAGUGUUAUAUGGAACUUCCAGCCUCCCUGCUCUUCUGGUGGAGUCACGGAGAAUUCUAGGAGCAGAAAGACACUUUCAGAAUAUUAAUAUGAAACUGCAAGAGGCUCUGGCUGUACAAAGAGGGAAGUUAUCAAAGAAACAUUAA